AUUAUUUUUACACGAAUUUGAAAUAACACGAGUAAAUACGAAAAAAUAUUUCUAUUUUUACACGACAUAAUUUGAAAUAACACGAAUACAAAAAAAAAACAAAAUUACUUUUUUUACAUGAAUUAUUUGGAUUUAACACGUUUUUUUUCAAUGAAUUUUUUUCUACUUAAAAUAAUUCUGGUGUGUAUUCUGAGUUAUGUCUAUGUAUGGGUAAUUUCUGUUUAAUUUCUGUGUAAUUUCUGGAAAUGCGGGAUUCCCCGAAUUAUUGAAAAAGUAAAAACGUACAUAAUGUAUUGUACACACAAUUUAGUUCCUAUUUGACAAUUAUAAUUGAAAGAUCGUUCGUUUUUGCUGAUUUUUAACAAGUGCUAAGUAAAAUAAAGUAGAAGCUCAUAUAAUUUUGGUAGACCAAUAAUAGCCAUACCCAUGUUACAUAAUUCUCCUGCAUUAAAAAUGAGGAAAGCGAUCAGCUUAGAUACCAAAAUCAAAAUUUUAGAUCAACUUGCAACGGGACAAGGCGCAACGGUUGUGGGAAAUAAUUUCGGAAUCCAUGAAGCUACUGUAAGAACAAUUAAAAAAAAUGAAACGGCAAUUAGAGCAUCAGUAUGUUCUGGAACAAAAUUAAGUGCAAAGUCAUCAUCGUAUGUAAGGGAUGUUGUUAAAGAGAAAAUGGAAAAAGCUUUGGUAAUCUGGAUAGAAGACAAAUCCCAAAAGAGAAUACCAGUAGACGGACUUGCUAUCAAGCAGACAGCAUUAAGAAUCUAUAAACGUAUCCAGGAAAUUGAUCCAGAUACAUCAUCUCAGUCAAAACAACAUGCAUUUUCCGCAAGUACUGGUUGGAUGACUGGUUUUUUAAAAAGACACGCUCUCCACAAUAUAAAAAUUAAGGGAGAAACUGCAUCCGCUGAUGAAUUGGCUGCUAAAGAAUUUCCCGAAAAACUAAAAAAAAUUAUUGAAGAUGGAGAAUAUACUCCAGACCAAGUUUGGAAUUUAGAUGAAAGUGGCCUUUUUUGGAAGAGAAUGCCUAGAAGAACUUAUGUAGCAAAAUCGCAGAAAACAGCCGGUGGUUUUAAAGUAGCAAAGGACCGUAUUACGUUGUUGUUUUGUUCCAAUGCUUCACGAGAACGUAUUCUUAAGCCACUCCUAGUACAUCGUGCCUUAAGACCACGUUCCAUGAAAAGUGAAGAUUUCAAUAAAUUGCCUGUACACUGGAUGGCGAACAAAAAGGCUUGGGUAACCAGUGCAAUUUUCACAGAGUGGUUUCAGAAGCACUUCAUCCCAGAAGUUAGGCGCUACAUGAAAGAAAAAUUUUGUUUUUUGCCGCCUAAUACCACUUCCCUUAUACAGCCACUAGACCAGGGGAUAAUUGCUACGUUUAAAACGUAUUACAUAAGAAGUUCAUUUCAUUAUGUUGUAGAAAAACUUGAUAAUUAUGAGGAAUCAUCAGUCAUAGAUGAAUGGAAACAAUUUUCUAUAAUGGACUGCAUUAAUCAAGUCAAGAUCGCGUUAGAUUUAUUAAAGCCAUCAACUUUGAACUCGUGUUGGAAAAAUAUUUGGCCAGAAUGCGUAAAAUGCAAAGAUCCUGUUAUCGAUAAUAACGCUGAACUUGCUGAUAUAAUAACAAUGGCCAAUGCAAUCGGUGGGGAUGGAUUCGAUGACCUAUCGUUAGCAGAUGUAGAAGAAUUGUUGGUAGAUGAAAGCUUGAGCGAAAAUGAAAUUAUCGAAUUCACCCUUGAGACUCGUUAUGAUAAAGAACAUAGUGACAGUGACGAAAGAGAUCGUCCAAUUUUGAAAGCAUCUCUAAUUAAAGAAGGUCUUGAUCUCGCUACAAAAUUAGGUAGUCAUUUUGAACAACAUGAUCAUGACGAGGAACGAGCUGCCAAAUUUCAACGUGAACUGAAAUCAUUAAUGGCAUCUUACAGGGAAGUUUAUAAUGGGUUAACGCGAAAUAAAACUCAAUCUAAGAUAACUGAUUUCGUUCAAAAAUCUACUGAUGUCCCAACACAGUCGGCUAGAAAUCAUAAUGAUCAACAAAAUCAUUCCAGUGAUGGCAGUGAUAUUGUAGUCUUUCGCAAACGUUUACGUUUAUUAUCAGACAGUGACAAUAAAUAAAAUUGUUUAAUGUUUAAAUUUUUCUUAUGGUUGUACUUUAUGUUAUUUAAGUUUUUUGGCAAUGAAUUUCUGAUAUUAUUUUUUUUAUGAAAUCUAAAUUUUAAUUUAUUUUAUUAUCAUUUAGUUUAUUUAAUAAAUUAAAACGAAAAUAAAUUCUUAAAAUAACUACAACAAUAUUUUUUUUAUAUUAUUUAGUCUAAUUUUAACUUAUUUUUUGAGGUCUAGAACCAAUCUAUUAUUUUUGUACUUGGCCAGUAUCUUUUUUUACACGAUUUUUUUUUACACGAAUUUCUCGGGAACCAUUCUAUCGUGUAAAAACAGAAUUAGGUGUAUAUACAUAUUUUCUCUUACGCUGCCAUUACACGGGAAAAACUUGCUUUCAAGUCGAUCACACGAACUAAUGGUCAAAAUUGGCAUAAAUUGAAUUGAAAAGCCAUGAUGUAGGCUGCAGGCAACUUGAUAUUCAAUUAUGGUUACAGAUAUGCCGUCGUCAAGAAAACUGCUUCCAUUUAUCACAAAAAUGGAUUCAUAAGACUUUAUUUUUAAAUCAUUCUGUAGAUAUGUCGGAAGAUUCAUGUUCCAUAAAAUGCACUGUUUGUGUACAAUCUCAACUUUAUUCGUCAUAAAUUUUAAAAUUUUAAUACUAGUAAUUUGAAAAUUUUAGAACUCUGCACUCAGCUGAUCAUUGUUUGAUCAUCAACUUAAGUUUCAAUUGAAACGCUUCUUGCCUCAAAAGUAAGAUUCAAGUUCGAAAAGUAAAAGUGUGGUACUAAGUGUGAGUGUGUGGCAACUUGAAAGCAAGGGUUAAGUGCAUGCUGAAUUAGAUUCUUAUUAGUACAUAUUGUUGCCCCGUUUUUAUGAAAACUUUGAAAUGAACAACAUUAAUGAUUAAUUCAAACUGAUUAAAAUGAGACACACACAUACAUAUGUAUAUAUGUCGAAUACUUAUCCACAACUUAAUUCGCAGUUGCUUUUAUACUUACAAAUGAAAA